AUGUUUAUAAUUACCCCAGAAUGGAUUGAAAGUUCUUCAUCUUCUGUUGACGACACUGUUGAAAAGACAAGUAAUAUGAUGGGUGUAAGCAAAUCAACGAUAUAUAAAGUUCAGAUGAUAGAACAUUUACCAAAGGAUUCAGUUAUAGUAAUGGAUAACGCUAGUUACCAUUCCCGUCUAACUAGACGUGUUCCAAAUACUUCAUGGAAGAAAGAUGAUAUCAUUAAGUGGCUAACAGACAGAAACAUUAACUUUUCAGAAAAAUCAAUAAAAAUAGAACUACUAGAAAUUAUGAAAUUAAAUAAGCCUCCAGUACAUUAUGUAGUAGAUGAAUUUGCAAAAACACAUGGUAUUGAUGUUGUGCGUCAUAUCCAGAAAUGUGAAACUCCCUUGGCAAACCCCACUGAGUCGUGCUCUAGAGAAGGUAGAAGUUUUAUAUGGACUGCUGUAACAACUCGAAUGUUACUAAAUUAUUUUAAAACAACAAGGAAACUGGUGGGAACAUUAAAAAUUAGAAAUUUUAAGAAAAUGUGGGAAGUUAUAGCCCAAGAAUUUAAAAAAGAAAACAUUGAUGUGACACCCUUAAACUGUGAAAACAGAUGGCGAGUUCUAGAACGAAAUUAUAAAAAAUAUGUAGAUAAUAAGAAGCAAACUGGAGCAGGUCGAAGAUUUUUUGAAUUUGCCGAUGAAAUGGAUGAUAUUCUCGGUAAAAAGAAAAAUAUCAAUCCGACAAUUUUAUUAUCUACAUCAACAGCAACAAAAUUACAAACACCUUCGACUUCGACACAAGCUGAAAUAGUUGAAAAGGAAUUUUCACCAGACUUUUCACCUGCUUCUUCCUCAAUAAUAAAUAAAGAAAACAUUACAACAGUAACGCCUCAUAGGAUGAAAUCAAAAGCAGCCACAUCUGUAAAAAAUAAUGUUUUAGAAAAAAUACGUCUUAACAAAUUAGAUCGACACAAGGAAAAAUUAGCUUUUGAGAAAGAAAAAUUUGAAAAACUUUAUCAAUUGGAAGUUCAAAAGGUGCAAUUAAAAGAACGGAAGAAUAAUUUAUUAAAAGAUAAAAAUAAUUUACAUAUUGAAACAAAUAAACUGUUACUAAAAUUGACUGAAAAAACAUUCUUAUUUAAACAGAUAUUCCUGUAGUAUUUUAGUUAUUUAUUUAGUUUAUUGCAUUUAUAAGUAUUGUUUGUUUAGUUCUAUUGUCGUUUUGCAUUUACAUUGUUUGUUUAGUUCUAUUUGUUAUUGUCGUUUUGGAAGUUUUGUGAAGUUUGUAAUAAAAAAAAU